AUGACUGAAAUAAAGGCACAGCGGUACGUAGAAAGACUGAAAUAUUUACGUGAAAAAGUGAUGUUAAAAAUGAUGGAGGAAGAAGGUUUUGAGCUUCACGAUAUCACUUUAGAGUUGGUGGAAGACCGUAUGGCCAAACAACAAGACAAACCACAGCAAACAAGUGAAUCAAGGAAGAUUUUUGCUGGGGGACUUGUGUGUGCAGAUAUUGAGUGUAUCCUCGACAGCACUAAUACAUUCAUCCCAAUUCUGAUCUGUUAUUCACGUGGGUAUAGCAAGACGACUUUUCAUCAUUGGGGAACCUAUUGUGUGGAUCUCUUUAUUCAAACAUGGUGGCAAUGGGUAAAAGAGGAGAAAGAAAGAGAG